UUGAAUACUUGACAUUGACAACAAACGUAACCUCACAUCUUUCAAGAACCACUGCAGGGAAAAUUCAAAAUCGAUUUAUAAUGGAAUCAAAUAAUCAAUGAUAUACUGCAGUAUUUUGUAUGAAUGUAAUUCUGUAUCAUUGAGAGAAGAAUGUUUAUUGCUAACAAAUGCGUGCGAUAGUUUUGUUAAUGCCAAAUUACAAAAAUGACUUGUUUCCUUAGUAGGAUAAAUUAUUAUAAGCUGUGCGGCUUUUUUAAGAACAAUAAUGCCAAAUGUUGCUGCCAAUCAUUUUGGGUGACUAAAAAAGGUCCCAUCGCAAGGCACUACAGUACACCGCAAAAAACUCAACAAGUAUACUUGAUUGAUGAAAAAAGCGGUGAAGAGUCUCAGGCUAUCAACAGGGUGAAUAAAUAUACAAAUAGAUCGUACACUUGCGGAGAAUUGAAUACAAAUCACAUCGGAGAGUCUGUUGUGCUGUGCGGUUGGCUAGAAUAUCAAAGAAUGAACCGAUUCGUUGUGUUGAGAGACAGCUAUGGAGAAACACAGAUGCUAGUAGGGGACAAGGAUAUAGAGACUCAAAAUGUGCUGGCAAAAGUACCUUACGAAUCAAUACUUGAAGUAAAAGGAACUGUUUUGGCUAGGCCCAAAGAUAUGGUCAACAAAAAGCAAGCUACUGGUGAAAUUGAAGUAUUAGUAGAUAAACUUAAGGUUGUGAAUGAAUCUAAGGACAAUCUACCUUUUAAUAUCAGGGAGUUUCAAAAGGCAAAGGAGCCCUUACGAAUGCAAUAUAGAUACUUAGAUUUAAGGUUUCCUCAAAUGCAACAUAAUCUUAGGACACGCUCAAAAUUUCUGAUGAAAAUGCGAGAAUUUUUAGUUAAUAAUCAUUUUGUGGAUGUCGAAACCCCUACAUUAUUUAAAGCCACCCCUGGGGGUGCCCAAGAGUUUGUAGUCCCAAGUCGACAUCCCGGUUUAUUUUUUUCUUUGGUCCAGAGUCCACAGCAGUUCAAACAGAUGCUAAUGGGCGGUGCUUUAGAUAGGUAUUUCCAGAUAGCCAGAUGCUAUAGAGACGAAGGUUCGAGGCCGGACAGACAACCCGAGUUCACACAACUUGACAUUGAACUUUCCUUCACAGACGUCGAAGGCGUUUUGAAACUCGUCGAGGAGAUGUUAGGUUUUGCGUGGCCAGAUCAUUUAGCGACAAUACCGAUGAAAUUCGAUAGGAUGACUUAUGAUUACGCAAUGGAAAAUUAUGGGAACGACCAUCCUGAUACGAGAUUGGGUUUUAGGAUAAAAAAUUGCACCAACGUCAUAAGCAGCAACAAAAAACUGGUCACCGGAGACAAAUUUGCCGCGCAUUAUAUAAUGUUUCCUAAAGAAUACGCCAAUUUGAGCAAGCAAAUUAAGGAAACCGUUACCAGUUUGUCCAAGAAUUAUCCUAAAGCGAAGCUAGUCCAGAGCAAAGUUGCUUCGACGAAAGAAUGGACAAAUAAAAUUAGUAAGCUGCUAACUCAUCAGGUUGCGGCAGAGUUUGUGAUAGAAAGUAAAAUGCAAGAUGAAUCUGUAUUGUUUCUAGCCUAUGGUGAUAAAAAAGAAGUGCUUGCACUGUUAGGAAAAAUUCGAUUGGAAUACGCGAACUUUCUGGAAAAUUUGGGCAUUUCCAUUAGGCAGAAAGGAAUGCAUUUCACGUGGAUCACGGAUUUUCCAUUGUUUGAAAUAUCAGAGGAAACUGGAACUUUGCAAUCCGCCCAUCACCCGUUUUCUGCUCCAAACCCUGAGGAUAUCCAGUGGUUGAAAAGCGAUCCUUUGAAGGUGCGAGCCUUGGCGUACGACCUGGUCCUAAACGGCAACGAAAUAGCUGGAGGUUCCAUCCGAAUCCACGAUCCGUCCUUACAGCGAACGAUACUAGACAUCCUGCAAAUUGACGGGAGCACCUUAGAGCACAUGCUCGAGAUGUUGUCCUGCGGGUGCCCCCCGCACGGGGGCGUAGCCCUAGGCUUGGACAGGCUGCUCUCGAUCAUGCUGAACACUGUCAGCAUAAGGGAUGUCAUCGCGUUUCCUAAGAACUUCGAGGGGAGGGACCCCUUGAGCGGGGCACCGUCCCCCAUAUCAGAAAAGGAUAUGAAGUUGUAUCAUAUUCGUAGCACUGAUAAGGCUAAAAAGUGAAUCAAAAUUGUUGGUUGGUUUAAUUUGACCAAGAGACAGAGUUUUUCAAGAAUUUAUACGAUGGCGAAAUUGAAAAAAUAUAUGCAUAUAUAGAUAUGGGAAAUACUGAGUUGAUCUACGUGACGAUAUUCGAGUUUCUGUCUCUUGGUGUCUGUUUCAAAAUUGCCAUCUCUAGUCGCUAUUGUUACUUGAAAAGUUAAGGUUUAUAAUCGAUUAAAAAAGUUGUUAAUUGUCUUAAGAAUAAAGCUAUAGUUGAUAUCUUUUACCAUAAGAAUUUUUUGAAUACAGCUUUUAUAUAUUCCAAAAAAGUUUUAUUUCAGCCCUUAAAAUAACAUGAGAUUUAAGGCCAAACUUUUAUAGCUUAGCUUUUUAGCUGAUUUAGUAAAAUAUACAUAGAUGUGGGAUAUACUGAGUUGAUCUACUUGACGAUAUUCGACUUUCUGUCUCUUGGUGUCAGUUUCAAAAUUGCCAUCUCUAGUCGCUAUUGUUACUUGAAAAGAUUUAUAAUCGAUUAAAAAGUUGUUAAUUGCCUUAAGAAUAAAGCUGUAGUUGU